GUAACGUCAUAAACGACAGAUGGCGGGAACAAUGAAUAGUGGGGCAACAUGUUGAAAUUGAAGGAUUCUCUAGAAUUGUGUUUGUGAAUAAAAGAUAAAAAUGACGACAUCUCCAAGACUCAUGCAAAACCUAGCAAAUGCUAGAAUGGCCAAUAAUACCAGUAUGACGGCUGCAGCAGAAGUAACCAGACUGGUCAGGCAGCACUUCGAUCCUCCACCAGCAUCUCCAUACAGAUAUCGGAAGGUGUGUCAAAAGACCAGUCAAACAUUGUUACACGAGAGACCAGAAAGUACCUGGCAGGAAAAUUAUGAGAGAAGAGACCAUCACAUGAAGUGUGGCUACUAUAGCCUUCCAAAUGAACCCUACAGAAAUGUUGGUGGUCAGUUUGACCUUGAUCCCUAUGACCUUGUGUUGAAGACAAUUUCAAAAAAUUUAGAUGUGAAGGUUUGGGAUGCUAGAUCAAGACAAGGAACUGCUACUAAAACAAGACGAACACCUCAAAAGAAAAGGAGACAAAGUUUACUUCCCCCGAUAUCACAUGAAAAGAGAGCUAAAUCUCCCACAAAGUCAGAAUGUCAAUUAAUUGAAGAUAAACAAUCAGAUGGUGGAAUUAGUACAAUAAAAGAUCAGAUAAUUGACCUUCAAACAGCCAAGAAAUAUGUACUGGCAGGACAGUCAUUCGAAAACUUCAUUAAACAACUACAGGACAUCAAAGCUAAUAAGAUUAAUAAGUCAGUUAAAAAGAAUGAAAUGGUCCUCAUCCCAAUGUCAGAUCCCUCAAUGGAACUCACAGACACAAAACUGCAGUCUACGCCAACGCCAUUGUUUGGUAAAAGUUCUGUAAUAAGUUUCAAUACAAACAAGAAAAACCUUAAACAAGAUGUUCUUUCAGUGCAAAAUACAGGAUCUGCCAGACCAGAGAGUUCAAAUAUAACAAUGAUAGAAAGUCGUAAAAUGUCCGUUUAUUUACGAUCAACCACUUCAAUUAUGGCUGUAAUGGACCUACAAGCUGCUGCAAGGGAACGUAAAGAAAGAAUAAAGAGAAUACACAUGGAAUACCUUGAAGCAGUGAAUACUGUUUUAAACAGUCUCUAUAAUAUGAAAACAAAGGAUUUAAAGUCAAAGACGCCUUUAUCUUUUGACCAUCUGAAGCAGUUGAGAAAAGAUACAGUCUUCACACUACAAACUCAUGGUGAUGGAAAUAUGCUGAGUCGACAGUCCAGACCCUAUAAAAAUGCUUCAGUAGUUAGUACUGUACCUUCAGAGAAUAAAGUUGGUGGUUUUGCAGGACUGUUUGCCAAAAAGAAACAAUCAAAUAUGUUUGUUCAGGUUGCUAUGCUUCCAGCAAAACUGGCACCAAACAAAUUUAGUCAAAUGUUUAAGCCAAAGCAAAAGGAACCUGAGUUAAAAUUAGAAUCCUGGGAGGACUUUCUGGCUGUUGAUCCACACACACCUAUGCCAGAGCAAAAAAAGAAGAAGUCAUUUGCCACAGGAGUUAUGGCCCUUGUCAAGGCAGUUCAGUGGCACAAGAAAUUGAGUGUAGCCACCGAUGUUGGCGGUUCUUCUCCAACAAAACACAGUACUGAUGGUAAAUCACCUGAUGUACAAGACAGUUCUGCAAAGAUAGAAAGUAUUGCUAGACUCUUACACAAUGAUCCUAACAAAAAACUACCUGCUAUCAAGAAAACUCCCAUCUGGCAAAGAAUAGCUGCAGAAAAAGUGGACCUGUAUGAAGAAAGUAAAAGUGAUAAAAAAGAAAAGAUUGAACCAGAAGAUAUUGUCUGCAAUAUGAGGACCAAGUUUAUUAAUAUGAAACAUAAACACAAACAAGAAACAGAUGCUGAAGUACAGAAACUGGAAAGGGAAAGGCUGUUGAUAUUUAAGUAUAAGUAUGGACUGUUUGGAGACAUGAGUUCAGUGUUUGACGAACAUGUACAGGAGCUUGCUCAUGCAAGAAAUAAUGUUAAUGAUAAUGUAGAUAUAGGAGAACUAAUCAAGCCAUCGCUAUGGUAUUCUGAAUUAAAAGAGAAAGCCAUUAAAGUGUGUGGUUCUGGGAAUGAUGUAGAAGAUAUAUUCCACAAGAUGGGACGUCAUUCUAUGAUGGAUGGUAAAUCCAUUCACUUAGGAAAGGCCAAACUUUGUUUAAUUGUGAUGUCUAUGCCUGCCCAUGAGAUUUGUACAGUAGCUUUUCAAACAGCAAUAAAGUUUGUCCUGGAAAGAAUAAUGCUCCAUGAUCUAAGAAACUUACAAGACUGGUUACAACUAAGGAAGGUCCCAUACAAUGUAUAUGACAGCAAAGAUACCAGGAGAGAUAUACUUAAAGUGUAAUGGAUGUAUAACUUAAUUCAAUUAUUAAAAUAUAAUAUUAUUUUUAUAUUGAUUUAUACAAGUUUUGAGGAGUCUUUUGGAUUUUUUCAAAUUAAUACCCAGCUUAGAAAUGUUUGGGAACUCCAAAAAAAUCUACCUAAACUGCUUGAAUAAUCUUUUCACUUGGAUUUGUAAUUUAUCUAUAAUGUAAUGAGCCAAAGUUCUGUUAAAUCUGUUUAUUUAUUCUUAAGAAAAAAAAGAGAAAACAUAAG